AUGCCAGAUCCGCAAGCGCAAGUACAGUCGCAAGACCACGCGAUGUGGUCCAUGUCGCGCACGCGCAGCUCGUCCGAUAACCUGGCCCGCGAAACGACGAACUCGGAGUACGGCGACCAAGCGUCGCCGGACGAUGACACGGAGAAGGAAAAGACCGAGGGGCGCCGUCGCUCAUCCUUUGCAACAGGACGGUCGAACGAUCUCAACCUCCAGAAGACGGUGACCCGGCGGGAGACGAUCCUGUCGCGGAUCCGCUCACGCCCGCCGCUCGGCAACUUCAGCCACAAGCUCGAGCACCAGAAGACGACUGUUGACGACCUGGUGGACUUUGACGGGCCGGACGAUCCCUACAGGCCGCUCAACUGGGCGAUGAGGAAGAAGGUUGUCACCACGGCGCUGUAUGGAUUCACGACCAUGAGUGCGACGUGGGCGAGCAGCGCGUACAGUCCCGGCACGGAGCAGGUGGCGCGGCAGUUCCACGUGGGCACGCAGACGUCCACGUUAGGCACGACGCUGUUCUUGUUUGGUUUCGGGCUUGGGCCAUUGCUGUGGGCGCCGCUGUCGGAAGUUUUUGGACGGAAAAACGCUGUGCUUCCACCGAUGUUUGUGGCGGCCAUGUUCUCCUUCGGGGCGGGCGCGGCCAAAGACAUUCAGACUAUCAUGAUCACGCGGUUUUUCGCGGGAUUCUUUGCUUCGGCGCCCGUCACUAAUACGGGCGGAGUGUUGGCUGAUUUGUUCCCUGCAUCACAGAGAGGCAUUGCCAUAGCCACAUAUGCCAUGGCUGUUGUCAUCGGUCCCGUGUUCGGCCCCAUCGUUGGCGCGGCGCUCGUGGUCCAACCUGGCCUUCGGUGGCGGUGGACCGAAUACCUCACGGGCAUCAUCCAGCUGUUCAUCCUCACUCUCGACGUCAUCUUCCUGGACGAGAGCUAUCCGCCGAGGCUCCUUGUAUACAAGGCCCGACGGCUGCGCCAUCAAAGCGGGAACUGGGCCCUCCAUGCAAAGUUCGAGGAGUGGGACGUAUCCAUCCAGGAGUUGGCGAACAAGUUCUUGAUCCGACCAUUCCAGUUGCUGACGACCCCGAUCUGCGCGCUCGUGGCCCUGUACGCGAGCUUCUGUUAUGGUAUCCUGUACAUGCAACUGGGCGCCAUCCCCAUCAUCUUUGCCCAGAAUCGACACUGGAAGCAAGUCCCUUCGGAACUGCCCUUCCUGGCCAUCCUGCUUGGCGCAGUCACGGGCGCCGUCAUCAACAUUUUCAAUCAGAUCGUGUACAACCGCAAAGCGGGCGGCAAAGUGGCCCCCGAGCUGAGGCUGCCGCCCAUGAUGUUCGGCUCCUUCUUGUUCGCCGCGGGCCUCUUCGUGACCGGAUGGACGGCAGAUCCCAGCAUCCACUGGAUUGCGCCCGUCAUUGGACUCUACCUGGCGGGCUUGGGCUUUUUCACCAUCUUCCAGGCGGCGUUGAACUAUCUUGUCGACACUUUCCAGAAAUAUGCCGCCAGUGCGGUGGCUGCAAACACGUUCCUCAGGUCAUGUUUUGCUGGAGCGUUUCCACUCGUUGUUACGCCACUGUACCAUAAUGUUGGCGUACCUUGGGGGACGAGCAUAUUUGGAUUCUUCUCAGUGGCAUUGAUACCCGUGCCGUUCGUGUUCUACAUAUAUGGUAAGCGGAUAAGAGCGAGGAGUAAAUGGAGUAAAUUCUAG